GAAAAUAGGGUUAUGUUUAUAUAAAUUUCCCUAAUAAUAAUUAUUGAAUUAUAUGUAUAUUGUGAAUUGUAAUUAAUUGUAUAUAUAUAUAUUGAUUAUAUAUCUCUAAUUUUAGUUAUAAAAAGAAUCUAUCCUAAUUUUAGUGUAAAGUUGCUGAAACAUUGUAUAUUUAUCUACUUUUUACAAAUAUGAACAAGACCAAUAAUAAUAUUGAAGAUUCUGAUGAUAUUACCAUGACUGCACAAGAACUACAUAUUUUGUCAGAGUUAGACAGCCGCCAAUAUGGAUUUUUAUUACUAAAUCAACAAGCAAACGCUUCAAAAAAGGCUUUAAUUCAAAAGGCUGUCAAAUAUCUUCAAUUAAUGGUUGUUCAAGCUAGAAGGCAACAAAAAGCAAAUGAAAAUGACGCAAAUAAUCAAAAUAAAAACAUUAGUAUAGAUCCUAAAACAUGGGUGAAGCUGGGCCAUUUCCAUUUGUUGUUAGAAGACUAUAGGAAAGCAUUAUCUGCGUACCAAAUGUUCUAUAAGACACAAGCGGAAAACCACUGGCAGGACACAACUUUCUUAUAUGGAAUAGGAUUGGUGUAUUUUCACUUCAAUGCGUUCCAGUGGGCUGUGAAAGCUUUCCAGCAGUUGCUCUACGUGUCGCCCGGAUUUCAAAGAGCAAAUGAAGUCAACGUCAGGCUUGGUUUGAUGUUCAAAAUUACACAAGAAUAUGAAUCAGCACACAAACAUUUACAGUUAGCGUUAGUGGAUAACAGCCCGUCUACAGCAACAAAAAAUACAAUUAAAUUCCACAUUGCUCACUUAUUUGAAGUUCAGGGCAAAGUCAAAGUAGCCAAGGAGCGAUACGAGACGCUGCUGAAGGAGAAGACAAUUUCCCAGUCACUGAGAGCAGACAUAUUCCGUCAGUUAGGUUGGUUAUAUCACUGCCAAGAAUCACUAGGAGAUAAAAGCCAGAGAAUCCCAUUGGCUAUACAUUACCUGCAAAGAGCUAAUGAAGCCGAUCAGUUUUCUGGUCAAACUCUUUACUUGUUAGGUCGUUGUUACGCCAGUAUCGGUAAAGUCCACGAUGCCUUUAUUGCCUAUAGGAACUCCGUGGAAAAAUCUGAAGGCAAUGCUGACACUUGGUGUAGCAUAGGUGUCCUUUACCAGCAACAAAACCAGCCCAUGGAUGCUUUACAGGCCUACAUAUGUGCCGUACAGUUAGAUAAGUGCCAUUCCGCAGCUUGGGCCAAUUUGGGAAUAUUAUACGAGCAUUCUCUGCAAGCAAGAGAUGCGUAUGCCUGCUAUUUGAACUCUAGCAGAGGACUAUCUAAUAAGCAAACAAACGACGGAUCAGUUAACACGAAUAAACUUCCGAAAAUCAACUUUCCAAAUUUGGGCAUGAACCCACAUUUGACACAACGUAUUAACUUCCUCCAGACCCAUCUUUCCAAUGCUCCAAUGCCAAGCGUUACUUCACAAAGAAGGCAACUGCUUUCUAUUGAAGAAGCUUGGAAUCUACCGAUAUCGGCGGAAAUGUCUUCGAGACAACAGAACUCAUCUCAACCGAAUCGCAGUACAACGCAGGGGUUUCAGAAAAAUUAUUCAGCUACAACGCCUCAGGGUCCCCCUCCCCCAUACCCUUCACCAAAUGGUACCACCACUAAAAGGUUCAAUCUUGAACCCGAUCAAAAACCGCUGUUAGGUCAGCCUGCGUAUGCUCUAACCCCCCAGCAAAUGCAACUAUUAAACCAUCUUCAACAAAAUGUCAACAACCUUACACCCAGUCAACAAGCUUCUUUACAACAGUUGCAACAUCAGUACAGAUUAAUGCAGCAAAAUCAAGGGGUUAAUCAUCGAAAUCUUUUGCGAACCACAAGCACACCUCCAGGUUAUACUAACCAGAGCUAUGAUCAAGAUGUCUCUCCAACUAACACUGCCAAAAACGAUAAAAUCGUUCAACCUACCCCUAUCGUCGAACCUCGAGACUACUUGUCUUCUACCGAACCACAUUCGACUGAUCUUGAGCAAAAUUUGGAAGAAGAUCUCAAAGAUUUGUUGUCCCAAAAGGAUCUAGCCACGACACUUGCUGAGAAUUUGCUUAAACAAUUUGGAUCGGAUGUCAUCGAUGUUAAAGAUUCAACUGCCAACUCCAACUCUAGCGGUAACGUUACCAACACCCUAUCGUCAGGACCGUUUUCGCCUUCUAAUAUUUUACCAAAAGAGAUGUCUCAGGAUACAAAACGAAAAAUUAAGUCACCUACUCACGAAAGAGUGCUCACUGUCAAGUCUGAGCCCCCAUGGGAGUUUGAUUCGCUUCAUUCUAUAGAAAAGAAGUCUGACAUUGACUAUCACAUAGACAUGGAUGCCCAGACCAUUGUAAAGCUUUGCAAGGGAGAAGUAAUCAACGGUAACAUCAACAAUUCCAUCAUAUCAGACACAGCUCCUCCUCCAACUCCGCCAGAUCCGCCUGCAGUGAAGUUGAAUCACCAGCAGCUGUUACCUCCCACUCCUUCAGUAUACCUUGACAACAAGAAGCAUGCGUUCAGUCCGCAAUUGCAAGAAUUCUGCUUAAAACACCCCAUAGCUGUGAUAAGAGGAUUAGCUUCGGCUCUAAAACUAGACUUAGGCUUAUUUUCGACGAAAACUUUGGUUGAGGCUAAUCCUGAUCACAGCGUGGAGGUGAGAACGCAGAUUCAGCAACCGUCUGAUGAAAACUGGGACCCACAAACUGGAAGAAAAGUCUGGGCGUGUAUUUCCCAUAGAUCCCAUACGACUAUAGCCAGAUAUGCGCAGUACCAGGCUUCUAGCUUUAAAGAAAGCUUAAGGGAUGAGCGUGAAAAAGCUGCUAGUGGAUUAUCAGACUCUGAUUCAAAAGAUUCAACACCAUGUGGCGCUAAAAGAAGAAAAGUUCUACCCACAACACCUCCAUGUCCAGCACUGAAGAACUGUAAGGAACAGAAAACCCUAAAAUUCGGGACAAAUGUAGACUUAUCAGAUGAGCGCAAAUGGAGACCUCAACUUCAAGAACUCAUGAAACUACCCGCUUUUGCUAGAGUUGUGUCUGCUGCCAACAUGCUUUCACACGUUGGACAUGUCAUUCUUGGGAUGAACACGGUACAGCUCUACAUGAAGGUUCCCGGUAGUAGAACACCAGGUCAUCAAGAAAAUAACAAUUUCUGUUCGAUUAACAUAAAUAUUGGACCAGGAGACUGUGAAUGGUUCGCAGUACCUGACGCUUACUGGGGUUCCGUCUUUGCUCUAUGCGAGAAGAACCAAAUCAACUAUUUACAUGGUUCAUGGUGGCCAGUUUUAGAAGACUUGUACCACGCUAAUAUUCCAGUGUACCGUUUUCUCCAGAGGCCCGGUGAUCUUGUCUGGGUAAACGCUGGAUGUGUACACUGGGUACAAGCUGUUGGUUGGUGUAAUAAUAUUGCUUGGAAUGUGGGACCAUUAACUGCGAGGCAAUAUCAGCUUGCAAUUGAAAGGUACGAAUGGAACAAACUGCAGAGCUUCAAAUCUAUUGUGCCUAUGUUACAUCUUUCCUGGAAUUUGGCCAGAAACAUUAAAGUUUCAGACAAGAAACUUUUUGAAUUAAUCAAGAAUUGUCUGAUGAGAACACUUGUCAAGUGUUGUAGAACACUGGAAUUUGUUAAAAACAGGGGAGUAGAAGUUAAAUUUCACGGUAGAGGGAAGAAUGAAGCGUCGCACUACUGUGGCCAGUGUGAGGUGGAAGUUUUCAAUAUUCUCUUCAUAAGAGAGCAAGAAAAGCGGCACGUGGUUCAUUGCAUGGACUGUGCCAGGAAACAGUCCCCGAAUUUAGAAGGGUUUGUCUGUCUGGAGGAGUACAAGUCGCAGGAACUCUGUGAAGUUUACAACAACUUCGUUCUACAUUCUAACACGAAUUCAGCUCACGAACAGUUUCGAAUAACUUAGUUAAAUUUAGAUGACCAUCGAGGUCAGCUACCACUGCCACAUGUAACUGAUGUACAAGUUUAAUAUUAAUACUUGCUUGUUAUAUAGCGUAUGACUUGUAAAGAAACGUGAUACUUUGUAAUAAUAACUAUUUUGCAUAUUUUUAAUGUACAUAAGUUUGUCUUAUAUAAGGUGAGUUAAUGGUGUCGAUGUAACUUCACGUCUACUGAUGGAAUUUCGUCAGAUAAAGCUGUAUCUCAAAUGUUGUCGUUAAUAUGCACAUUAAUACACUGAAGUUUUCUUUACAUGAUGGAUGUGACAUUACAAUAGUUCAUUUCCGCUGUUUGUUGUAUUCCACAACUUCUCACAGUAAUGUUAGAUACCAUCAAUGUUUUCCUAUAACCUAUGUGUUGUGCAGCACAAUAUCUUGUCCUGCACCAUUUCUUCUUUGGCUUUUUCCCAUUACGAGUUUGUCGUUUUCGUCCUCCGCAGUACUCUAUUCUCUCAGUCACCUUCUCUGAGAUCUCUAUGUAUCAUAGCAUUUUCUAUGUAAGUUUUCCAGUCCAAUACUCUUUUCGGUCACCGUGCUCUGGCUUUCUCUGUACAUGCCCGUACAACUACAGGGCUCUGUUUUCCAACUUUUUUCUAAUUGAGCAUUCUACUUCCAUUCUGUUAUACAGGGUGCACCGAAAAUAGUGCGUUCCUUUAAGGUAUGGAUAUAAUACACAAUGCCGAACAAAAAAGUCCUAUAACAUUUUUUUCUAAAGUUUACCGUUUCCAAAAAAAAAUACAUUGUUCGCCAUAUAAGCGAACUUUUAUUUUCAUAAAAUUAACUAAUUUGGCAUCACUGUACAGGAACUGUUUGUGAUUUAGUUUAUUGACACCACAAAUGUAGGUCAGACAGGUACACCUGCAAAAUAACUGUACCACCUCAUGUUUGAAAAUCCAACAAAACAAGAAUUUGUUUGUUUGUUUAGGAUGAAGACAGGGUUUAAUGUAACUACUUAUGGCUAAAAUGCUGCAACUAUUUUUGAAUUGUGAUUGUCUAUGUUUAGAUUUUUGUAUACAUAGUUGUCAGAUUUCAAUUUGCAUACCAAAAUGUAUUUUGGUUUUUUAGCCAAACGGUUGCAUUUAGAAAAAAAUGUUAUAAGAUUUUUUGCUCUACAUGGUGCCUUGUUUCUACCUACACCUUUAAGGAACGCACUAUUAUUGGGGACACCCUGUAUAGGGUAAUAUAAUUCAGCACUAUGCUCUGAAAGAUCCGCUUUUUAUUUUCUUUAGUUAGACUGUUGUUCCAUAUCAUUCCAUGGAGUGCUUCCAUGUAUGAUAGAUUCCACUCGUCUUGAAUCCCCUCACCUGCUCAAUUUUAUUGAACACUCUGGCUAUUCCAGGUCAAAUCAACACACUUUGAAUUAAUAUUUUUCCUGACCUAUUUAGAUUGUGUUAAAUUUUAGUGGAUGAUUAGCUGAAGAAAAAUGCAAAGUUUACAUUUUUAUCUCAAGCCGUUUCCCAAAUUUGG